AUGAUUAUAAUUAUUUAAUGUCUUGACGUUUAAUUAUUAUAGAGAUGUCGUCAGCAUAGCUGUAGAGGUAUCUAUUUUACAUAGAAUAUGUAGAAUUUCACUCAUUAAAUGGCUUCAUUGUUUCUUUUUCUUCUGCUGUUUAAAAAAGGGGACUAGCAAUUAAAGAAAUAUGUUGAAGUGUAUGAAAAUUUUAUUGGUAAUUCACAAUCACAAGUUGGUAAUUGUUAAUUCCUAGGAUCAACGCAACUUGUAGGGUAUUUCAUUUAUUUUCAUUUAUAUAGUUAUUUUCACCGCCUUCACAAGUUAAACAGGAUCCAACAAAUUUUAAACAUGUUAUUCCUGACUUAUAGAACCAUUUGCACAAUCACUACAAUUAGUGAUUGA